CGCAUUACCGUACCAGUUCACCAUUACCGCACGGCCUGAAGAGGCGUGAAUCGUGAUUCUGAAAGCCGGGGGUUGACGAAUAGGUACCUACAUGGAAUCAGAGGAUCAUGAUUCAUGGAGCCGCAGGUGAUGGCAGCCGCGCUGAGGCCGGAAGCUAGAGCACAAAGGGAUUUGGAGCUAGGAGCAGCUCUGGCACUCGGCUCCUCUCUGAUCGUGCACCGGCCGUUUCAACGCCCACAUAAGGGUCGGACAACUUAUCUGAGCGUGUACAAGUAAUGAAGCGCUGAUCGCUUCGAAAUUCAUAAAAGCUGUUGACGGGCAACAAUGUACAAGCGAAGAGACUACCACUUGCUGCAUGCUAACAAUCAGAAGGAUGCAUCUGAUUCUUCUUCUUCAUCGGGUUCUGAUGCGGAUGCAAGGGCUGACCGUCAGUCGGCUUUGUCAGAUUCUGAGGAUGAAGGAUCGUCGCUGAGAUCAUCGGGUAUCGAAGGAGAAUCUGAUGCUGACCAGGAUCGUCAAGGAGCCGUGCGAAUCGUGGCAAGCUGCGACCGUGAGACAGACAAUGACCGAGAACCUAGCAGUGAUGAAGAAACUGGCCUGUUUGAGCGGCGGCAACAGAGUCAAGGAGCGGAACCCUCUAACCCCUGGGCGGAGGCUGUCGAGGAUACGGAACGAGGCAGGAAUGAGCUGGACGACGAGGAGCUGGUGGUGCAGGUGGGGAAGGUGUUCAAGUGCAGGCUGUGCCCCAACGUGCUCUGCCUCAAUGAGGGGACAAUGCUGGCGCACCUCAAGUCAAAGAAACAUGCGCGGUACCUGCAGCAGCUGGCAGCGGGCAGGGGGCGGCUGCUGAUUGACAGCGACGGGGAGGACCUUGCGGAGGAGGCGGAGACGCACGCGGAGCGCCACGCGCGCAUGCUGCACCUGGCAGCUGCCGAGGGGGCCGCUAGUGAGGCCGCAGAAAAGGAGUCUCCCCUGAAAAAGAAGCGGCGAAAAGAGAGUGGACGUCAGAGGCAGCGGAAACGGCUGAAAAUGAAGGAGCAAGUUGAGCAUGCGAACGGUCAUGAUGAGAAGAAAGAUGGGGCGGAGAGUUCGAAGAGGCCUGAAGAAGUCGACAGAAUGAAGUCGAACUCAAAGUCAGCAAAUCGAAAAGAGAGAAGGAAGAGUCUGCCGAGGAGUGGCCCGACUGCAGCGGCUUCAGGGCCACUGGAUUAGUGAGUACGUGUGUAAUCUCGAAAGAUUGCGCAUGUCAAUUGGCUCACCAUCACUUUCUCGUCGCUGGUUAAUUUUGUCCACUUGGUCGUCAUAUGUUCCUUCACUUUGAAGACUUAAAGAGCGU